AGCAGGGAUUGCAUUUGCCAUGUCUCUGAAGCCGGAAGUAUAAAGCGUUCAGCGCUUUGUUAUUAUUAUUAUUUGUUAUUAGCCGUUGGAAUGAGAUAUCUGGUUGUUUUGACUUUAGCUUAGCACACCAAACCGGUUGGUAAUAUUUUGUUCGUUAGUGUGAUAGGCAGGUAUCCAAAAUAAAUAGAAUACGUUUCUUGCCCACUAUGUUCUUUUCGACCAAAUUUCUGUACACUGUGAAAGUCGUGUAUAAAAAACGUUACUAAAUAUAUUAAUUAUUGUCAUUCUCUCGUUUCAGACGCUUGCAUUGUAUAGCAUAGCCUGGGGGAAUGAGAGUUUACUCUCGUCAGCGUGUGGGCGGGGUUGAAUGCAAGCUAACUAAGCAUUGUGAUUGGCCAGGACUACCCUGGCCUGUUCUACAAUGGGCAAGUCUAUGCUCAGGCGGUCGUCUGUAAGAUCGUUCACCCGGAAUGUUCGACCUAACGAAGGAAUGGAAUCUGUCGUUCGCCGGCUGCGGCUUCCUGGGGAUAUAUCACAUCGGAGUAGCCAGUUGCCUCAUGGAGCAAGCGCCUUACCUCAUCAAAGGAGCUACCAAGAUCUACGGGGCUUCAGCCGGUGCCCUAACCGCCUCAAUGCUCGCCAGUCAGGCUCCUAUAGCUAAGUGCUGUGAGGAUGUGAUCGAGACAGUCAAGGAGGCCCGAAAGCGGAACCUGGGUCCCCUCCACCCUUCGUUCAAUCUGGUCAAGGUCCUCAGGACUGGGCUGCAGCGGGACCUUCCAGCCAACGCACACACGCUCGCCUCUGGGAGGUUGUGUGUGUCACUCACUCGCGUGUCUGAUGGACAAAAUGUGAUCGUGUCCCAGUUCAAGUCAAAAGAAGACCUCAUCCAGGCACUGAUCUGUAGCUGUUUCAUUCCAAUAUACUGUGGCCUUAUCCCCCCCUCCUUCCAAGGAGUACGUUAUGUAGAUGGAGGCAUCAGUGAUAACCUACCCCAGUCGGAACUGAAGAACACCAUUAGCAUCUCUCCAUUCUCGGGCGAGAGUGACAUCUGUCCCCGGGACACCUCCUUCAACUUCCACGAGUUCCGCUUCACAAACACAUCCAUCCAGAUUAACCUAGGCAACAUGUACCGCCUCAGCAAGGCCUUGUUUCCACCAGAACCCAAGAUCAUGGCAGAGAUAUGCCAGAAUGGCUACAAAGAUGCAUUUCGAUUUCUUGAGGAAAACCAUCUGCUGAAGCUACAGUAUCCAACAGCCGGCCCCAGCCCACCAGAAGUCGUCAACACCUGCUGCUGCAAGCCCAUUGUCAUGGAAACUACCAAGGACUGGAUGCUCCGGCGGCUCCGCCUCCUGAGGGAAUGGCACUGGUGGUUGGAUGAACAGAUUGUUGACAACCUGCCAGCCCCAAUCAAGAAAGUGUUCUGUGAGGCAUGCCAGCAGAAGCCGGGUCUGUAUGCUCAUGUGUCUGAGAUGUUGCCGGUCCGUGUGGCCUCCUACAUGCUCCUGCCCUGCACACUGCCUGUGGUUUCAGCUUACUCUGUGGGCAAGAGGUUUGUGGAGUGGAUCCCUGAGGUUCCUGCCGACAUGCGUUGGCUUGCUGGGAUAGCUGGGGAUGUGGCUGGAGGCGUUUACAGACAGACCAGGAGAGGAGGACCAGCAGACAAAACCAGUGAUGGUUCCCUGAGGAAUUGUAUGAGUCUGCCCCCAUCCCUGGAUAACAAUAGUCUGGUGGAGAGAGACAGUCAACUUUCCGGGUUCGCUCUCUCUGCUCUUGACCUGUCAAGCCAUUAUAGGAACAUUCCGACUGGCCCCUCCUCUCAGGACUCCGCCAGCCCACUCACACUUUGCUCCUCCCCACGACAGAUCUGCUUCUUUGUAGGCUCCCAGGAAGAGUCUGACUGAUCACCCACACGGAACUAACAGAGCACACAGCAAAUUUGUUUUAAUAAAUGAUAAGACUGGCAGAAUGGCACGGCAGUCUAAAGCAUGGCAUUGCAGUGCAGUUUCACCACUGAAACCCGGGUUCAUGCCCUAGUUGUGCAACAUUUGCCGUGGUCCCCCAAAUUGGUCUAGUAUCGUCAUGUUCUGGGUGGUAUGGCCAGCGAGGGUUGCCUGGUCACUAAACGCUUCAGCAACUGCUGUGGCUGAACAAGCUGAUUGUGGGUGUUAGCUGCAGAAGGGUUCUCACCCAGUCGGGUUGGUCUGGUGGAAAUCCUUACAGGCUUGGCGAAAGAUGUAUUAGAGAAUGCUUUUCUUAUUCUCCCCUGAGCGUUGUAAAAACAAAAAAGGUGUAGUAAAAAAAGGCGUAGUAAAAAAAUAUAUAUUACAGAAUAGGAAGAAUAAGGGGUAAAAUUAUGGAUAGGGGGGUUGAUUGGUCAGUCCAGUUGUAGACCCUCCCACAGGGCCUUUAGGAAUUGUUUGUUUUGGAUGGUCAAAUGAUAGUCAUGUGUUUUAAUAGCAUUGACAUCCAGAAUGAUUGCCUAUAAUGACUCAGUUGUGUCUUUUGAUCACUCCACAUUUAACUUUACAUGCUGAAAAACAUUAUAUAAGCUUGCAACCAAACAACUGUGAGUGAAUUCCUUUUUUGGAAUUUGACUUUAAUAACUGUCUCGUUUUACCACAUAAAUUGACCCUUCAACACUUCCUACCUACCUUCAGUCCAAUGUAGCAUUCAUUCAUCAUUCCAAACGGCCUAUUGAUAUGACUUGAUGUUGAAAUCCUUGUUUAUGUUUUCCUGACUACUGUUAGCCUAUGGUUACAAAACAACAUGUUUAUGCAAUAUUAGUUGCAGUUUGCAAGAGACAUCCUAGGAGCAACUUUGCUGAUGCAUACAACUCAUCGGUUAACCUAAUAGCAGACAUUCAAAGAAACACAUGAAAGUAGAUCACCCUGAAACAUUUUCUUUACAAGACAGAAAACCAGAUCCAACCAGUCCAAAAAAUUCAGAUGAGGAUUUAAGAUAGAGUGGCGUCUUCCUAAAGACAAACUAUCAAUAUGGCAAUAUGUAUUGUCUUGAAAAAAUUGUCCACUAUGGCAGAAUGUUAGCCCAGUUCAAUCUUGUUCAGUAGACUUCCACCUGAUGCUUCAAAUCUAUGCAGCUUGCUGGCUGUCUGGCUCCCUCUCCAUUUGUGACUGACAGCUGUGUUGAAAUGGAACACAAAUCAUGUGACAGACAUUUGUUCUGAUAACAUGAACUUGUCACACAUAGUUGAAAUGAGUUGCGGAUGUUCAUAGUUGCAGAUGAGUUGCAUGUAAUCACUAUUAUCACAAUAUUAUCUUUGCAUGAAAUGAUAGUGCUAACUUAAGACACGUAAGUGAGAAUAUUCUUGAAAGUGGCUUUUCGAACUUUCUACUGUGUUGAACAUGGCUUUUGCACAAUGACUUUGGUUGGACAGGAUUCAGACAUUUCAUAUUGCAUCCUCAUUUGCCAAAUUGGAAGCUGGUUAUCAUGCUGCCCCAUUUAGUGUAAUCUUUUGUAGAGUGUAACACUGAAAGCCUUAAUAAUAAAUGUGCCUUUUAGUAUUUACUAUUUUCAUUGGCCCUCAAUAGCACAGAGCCAAAUUGUGUAUAUCUGUGUUGAAAUACACUGUAACUGUGUCAAAUACUAUUGUGUUGCCUCUUUAUUAUGGAAAGUGAAUAUAAUAAGUGCAUGUUUUCAGUGUUGCAAAGUUAAAGAAAUAAAAGCGAGUGUUUCUGAAUUGAA